AUGACCCAUUUCAUGCGCCACAAUCCCUCUAAGUUUGAUGGGAGUGCAACUCCUAAUGAAGCAGAGUAUUGGAUCCAUGAGAUUGAGAAAGUCUUCAAGGCUAUCUUUUGUUCAAAAGACAAGAAGGUGGUUUUUGUGACCUUUCUACUGAUCGGAGAAGCGGAAUACUGGUGGAGAGGAGUUAAGCGACUGAUGGAGGCUAACAAGGAAACUAUCACCUGGGAGAAUUUCAAAGUCAAAUUCCUGGAGAAAUAUUUUCCUAGCAGUGCGAAGUUUGCGAAGGAGCUUGAAUUUCUGAGUUUAAGCCAGGGAAGGAUGUCGGUACAUGAGUAUGCGGUAAGCUUUGACCAGCUUUCAAGGUACUACUUGCAAUCCCUUCCAAAUGAAUGGAAGUGUCAGAAGUUUGAAGAGGGUCUACGGCAUGACCUGAAGAAGGCAGUUAUACCACUGAAAAUCCGACAAUUUUUUACUAUGAUUGAGACUGCUAAGUGGGUGGAGAUGCUAGAGACAGACCCAGAUAGGGUAGUGAGGCCUCAGAAAGGAAGUUCAUUCAGGGUAGGAUUUCAAAAGAAGCCUUAUUUGAAACGUCAGCAACCUGUUCCAGGAUCUGUGAAGUGUUAUGAGUGCAGGGGUGCGCACUACAGAAGAGAAUGCCCAAAACUCUUGGGAUUUCAAAAGAAACCUUAUUUGAAACGUCAACAACCUGUUCCAGGAUCUGUGAAGUGUUAUGAGUGCGGUGGUGCGCACUACAGAAGAGAAUGCCCAAAACUCUUGGGUAAGCAGAAUAAUGUGAAGAAGUGUUUUUCCUACAAUAAGCGAGGACAUUUUGCUUUCAACUGUCUUGAAAAUAAUGUAAAGAUUGGACCACAACAGCCCAGUCCUUUUGGAGAAAAGCCCAAGGCAACGGGAAGGGUUUUUGCCAUCACUGGAGAAGAAGCAGCAAAGCCAGCAUCGAGUCAGAUCUCGACCAGUUUAGUCUGUGUCGGAUGCCCGAUUAUAGAAGCAAGACGCAAGUUCAAAGUGAAUUUGAUCUCUUUGCCUUUAAGAGAUCUUGAUAUCAUUCUAGGGAUGGAUUGGUUAUCCACCAAUCACAUCCUAAUUGACUAUGGACAACACAAGUUGAUUUUCCAAGAAAUAGACGGUUUAGAGUUUGUCUCAACUAAAGAACUUUUAAAGGAUUUUAAAGGCGGUGCUACAUGUUUCAUGGUUAUAGCUCAUGAUAAGACGAAAGGUUCUGAACAACAUACAAUGGUUAUUUCAGUGGUGGAAGAAUACGCUGAUGUUUUUCUAGAUGAGAUACCUGGGUUACCACCAACGAGAGAAGUUGAGUUCUCCAUCGACUUGAUUCCUGGUGCAGGACCAAUAUUUAUAGCUCCUUACAGCAUGACUCCUGUAGAGUUGGCAGAACUAAAGAAGCAGAUAGAAGAAUUGUUAGAGAAACAGUUUAUCAGACCUAGUGUAUCACCAUGGGGAGUUCCAGUGUUACUUGUGAAAAAGAAAGACGGAAGUUCGAGGUUGUGUGUUGACUACCGGCAGUUGAACAAACUGACAAUAAAGAAUAAGUAUCCACUGUCAAGGAUUGAGGACCUAUUGGAUCAGAUUUUAGUCAAACUUGAGGAUGUUCAGAAGACAGCUUUUAGAUCACGCUAUGGGCACUAUGAGUAUGUAGUGAUGCCAUUUGGAGUUUCAAAUGCUCCUGCAAUUUUUAUGGACUAUAUGAAUCGAAUUUUUAGAUCCUACCUAGAUAAGUUUGUCGUUGUGUUUAUUGAUGACAUUCUCAUCUAUUCUAAAAGUCGAGAAGAACAUGCAGGACAUUUUAGACUAGUGUUGGAUAUUUUGAGGGAACGUCAAUUGUAUGGGAAGUUGUCUAAGUGUGAGUUUUGGUUAGAUGAAAAUCAAUUUUUGGAUCACGUGAUUUCGUCACAAGGGAUUAUUGUCGAUCUAGCGAAAGUUGAAGCAGUGCUUAAGUGGGAACGCCCAAAGAGUAUGACUGAAGUAAGAAUUUUUGUGGGCUUUGUCGGUUAUUACAGAAGAUUUGUAGAAGGUUUCUCCAAGAUUGUAGGUCCUUUAACCCAGUUAACUCGUAAAGACCAACCUUUCUCAUGGACGAACAAGUGCAAAGCAAGUUUUGAGGAAAUGAAGAGAAGAUUGACGAGUGCUCUAGUCCUGGCCAUUCCGGAUACUACUAAGAGUUUGGAAGUGUUCUAUGACGCUUCAUACCAAGGACUUGGAUGUGUGUUAAUCAAUCAAAGGACAUCCUUGGAUAAGUUGGCAGAACUUUAUGUCAGAGAAGUUGUCAAAUUGCAUGGUGUACCAUCAAAUAUCAUUUCUGAUCGUGAUCCAAGAUUUACGUCAAGAUUUUGGAAGAAAUUACAAGAGGCUUUCGGUACGAAGCUUAGGAUGAGUUCAGAAUCUCAUCCUCACACGGAUGGAUAG